CAAACAAAAAUUUGCAACUGCCACGGGCACGAUCAUUAUAUUUUUCUGCAAGCUAAACAAUUUUUAUAAUUUAAUAAAUGAAACUAUAAAGAUAAGACUUUAAAAUUAUAUAAAAUGGAUUCAACAAUAUCAGUUUCAAAGGGGUGUUUCGUAUUCAAAAACGGUGCAACUCGCGCCCAAAAAGGAACAACCAAAUCCAAAAAAGCCAAACAAUCUAUAGCACCGCUUCUGGGAAAAGAAAUAACCGAUCAGCCCUUUUAUAAGACAUACUCACAAACGUGGACAAACUUCAUAACAGAUAUUGAGGCUCUGCAACGAGAGUGUUGUUCCAAAACCUUAGGGGAUUUGGUUGAUCACAUCGGGAAGGCAUACAGUGGGGAUAGCAGUUCGGUAAAGAAUAUUCUUCCAGCUGCUGCUUUACUAACUGGAAUAAAUCAACCCGAUCACCAUGAACAAUUCGAAACCCUAUCGCAACGGAUAAAGGAACAACUCUCGGCGAGUGUUUGUGUCAUUCAAUCACGCGAUUGCUCGAGUAUCAAGGCAGCUGUUGAAACAAUGGUUUAUGGUUUUGUUGAGGAACCCUUCGAGGAGGAUGAGGACGACAGAGAUCAUAAGCGUCUGCGUCGAUCACAAUGUACUAUGCAGGUUCUCGUUGAAUGGCACAAGAGUUCCAAUGCGGACGCCAGUUUGGUUGUAAUUUUACCAGAUUUUGAGUGUUUCAAUGGGAAAAUACUUCAAGAUUUCAUUUUGAUUUUAAGUUCAUAUUGUGCCAAGAUUCCGAUUGUAUUGAUAUUGGGUGUGGCGACUGCUGUUUCAGCCUUGCACAGUACCCUGCCAUACCACGUGACCAGCAAGAUAAGAUUGAAGAUCUUCCAAACACAAGCCGCUCCAGUUGGAUUAAAUGAGAUAUUGGAAAAAGUGAUCCUGUCGCCAAAGCAUUCGGUCCGCUUAUCUGGUAAAGCCUUCAAGUUCUUAACGCAUAUUUUCUUAUUUUAUGAUUUCUCAAUAAAUGGAUUCAUACAAGGAUUUAAGUACUGUCUUAUGGAGCACUUCUUCCAAGGCAACGCAUAUGCCCUGUGUACAUCCUACUGGUCGUCUCUUAAAAUGAUCAAGUCUCUUACGCACGAGGACAUGGAAACUAUUCGUCAUCUCUUGUCCUUUCGUCCUUAUGUUGAGGCUUUGAAUGAUUGCCAAAAGGUCAUAGCCAUACUCACCGACGAUGGGUAUCUUAAAAAGAAAUUACCAAAACUUCUUCGGGAUUGUCAUUUACACUUCGUCUACUUUCGCACGUUCCUUGAAUUUUUAACAGUUCUUGUGCAAAACUUACCCAAAUCGCCGUUGGGAAAACUCCAACGGGAGCUCUAUUGCAAUUGUUUGUCGAAAGAUAUCACCGACACGACAGAAUUCAAGGAAUCAUGGCAAAUGCUAGGAUUUAUGUCAAAAGAUGAGUUUGUUGCGAGUGUUUCGAGAGCUAUCACAGCAACAAGUGAUUUUGUCACCUCUCAAGAUGAAGACUUGGAUCUCACUGAAAUAUUUCGACCAAAAAUAAAUGAAAAGUUGGACGCUCUUAAGGAACUCCUUACAAAAGUCGUGAUGGCCGGCAUGGAGGUUAAGAUCCAUUCUAAAGCUUCAAACAGCGAUUUGAAGGAUGACCUUAAGCAAAUCAGUCGCCAUGACUUGAAGGAAAAACUUCUACAAAUGUCCAAACAAGAAAAACCAAUUUCAGAUUUUACGAAAUCAGUAAAUGAAACUUUGGACUUCAUUAAAAUCCACAUAGUUGAAGAAUACCUCAAGCCUCUGACUAAAGCCCCGCCAUUGUAUGAAUUGUUUGUUUUCUCAGACAUUGCUACAGUUCGAAGGAAUAUCAUAGGAGCUCCACGGGCUGCUUUGCAUAUGGCUUUAAAUAACCCGAAUUAUUAUUUGCAGUGUAAAUGUUGUGAGUUGGAUAGUAAUUUGUCAAUGGUUCCGACAUUGCCGGAUCUUUCGGUGGCGUACAAAUUGCAUUUGGAGUGUGGAAAGAUGAUAAAUCUUUUUGAUUGGUUGCAGUCGUUUCGAUCGGUGGUGGAUUAUAGUGAGGAAGAUCAGGAGCAAGUAGAUCCAGAGAUUCAAGCUCGUUUCACACGCGCUGUUGCAGAGCUACAAUUCCUGGGCUACAUAAAAACCUCUAAACGGAAAACUGACCAUGUAACGCGUUUAACGUGGUAAUUCAUUUUUUUCGUUUGUUUUCAUUUCGCCAUUAUUUAUUUUAAAAUAAAAAAGAAAAACUGUUAUUUAUGUUUUCAUUGAA